AUGCUAUCCUUUCUCCACGUAGAAGUCUUUUAUCUGCUGGCAUUGGCCGCCCUCCCAGCAACAUGUGUCACGCAACAUUGUAAAGCUUCUCCCGGAGACUCGACAUGGCCAUCUAUCAAUGAGUGGAAUUCCCUGAAUCAAUCCAUCCAUGGCACCCUCAUAAGGACGGCUCCCGCUGCUUCGCCCUGCUACCCGGGCAAUCCAUUCGGAGCCCCCGGAAACUGCCCGACCGUGAAAGAUCAUUGGUCAUAUGCCGCAUACCAUGCUAUGUGGCCCGAAAGCGUCGAUUACUCCAUCUAUGCGAACAACUCGUGCGUGCCACCUGGAGUUGAUGGAUACUCAACGGACAAGGGAUGCAGUAUUGGUGGUUUGCCACAGUACAUUGUGAAUGCCACAACUGAGCAGCAUAUUGCUACUGCAAUGAAAUGGGCUUCCGACCGAAACAUUCGCAUUACCGUGAAAGGGACCGGACAUGACCUGGGCGGCCGUUCCACUGGCGCCUAUGCACUUUCUAUCUGGACCCAUAAUUUCAAGCAUAUCGAAAGGAAGUCGAACUGGCGGCUACCCGGAACCAAUACUACUGCCGAUGUGGUGGUGUGCGGGAGUGGAAACAACUGGGGCUCAGUCUAUACCGCCGUGCACAAGAUGAAUCGAACAGUCGUGGGUGGUGAGGAUGCCACAGUCGGUCUAGGAGGUCUGAUUCAAAAUGGAGGACAUGGCCUCCUUUCAAGUCACUACGGUCUUGCGUCUGACCAGGUAUAUCAACUCACGAUGAUAACUUCCGAGGGCGAACGCCUUGUUGCCAAUGAUAUCCAAAACCAGGACAUUUUCUGGGCGAUUCGUGGUGCUGGUGGAGGCCAGUAUGGGGUAGUGACCGAAUUCGUUAUGAGGACACAUCCUGUGCCUGAAAACGUUGUGGCCGGUGGAUUCUCAUUCUAUCCCAGCCAAAACUCGAAUGCUAGCGAAAUUGCCUCUUGGACUGCUUUGGCUGAAGUGGCGGCUCACAUACCCGACCUGAUGGAUAUUGGGUACACGGGGACUGUGAUGGUCCGGACCGAGAAGAAGGCAAUAUCUUAUCCUGGGCAGGAAGAAGAGUCGUACAUUUCCUCAGCUAUUAUCAGCUUGACUGGCUUCAAUAUCACUGUCCAAAGGAUGAAUGAUACUCUAAACAAAUUGGUUGCCCAAUUUGACUCCGAGCAUGUGAACAUUAACAUCCAAGCACUUUCUUCGAAGAGCUACUGGUCCUCUACAAAGCCAAAUCCUAUGGCCAGCGCCUCUGCUGGAGCCGUCAGCCUGAUGACUAGCCGUCUUCUGGGCAGACGCGAGCUUUGCGAUAUCCCCAAAGAGCGCCUCGUAACCUAUCUCCAAGAGAUUAUGGUCAGUAACAAGCCUAAUGGAGGCUCGAUGCUGUUGUUUGGACUACAAGGUGGAAAGGGAACCGCUCAUGUUCCCAAGUCAAGACAUGGAAGUGUGCACCCCGCCUGGCGUUCGGCAUACACUCACACUAUGGCAUAUGGUGUCUCAGUAAAUGCCACCGGUGAUCCAAGCCAGUCAUUGAAGGCGGGAGCAGACUGGUUGAACGCCGCUUUAGAACCAGUUUGGCAAAAAUGGGCUCCUGAGAGUGGUUCUUAUAUGAAUGAGGGCAAUCCUUUCAGCAGCAACUGGAAACAUGACUUCUAUGGAGAUAACUAUGACCGGCUUUUGGAGAUCAAGCACAAGUAUGACCCGCAGGGCAGCCUUUUUGUCUGGAGUGGAGUUGGAAGCGAUGAGUGGAACUACGAUUUGAACAGUGGUCUGUUGUGUCGUGUUUAA